CCCAGGGAGAAGACGGUCGUUCUGUCCCCCGGCCUCGCCGUGAGCCACUUUGUCCCGACGAUGCAGCUCGCCGCCCAGCUCCCCGAGCACGGCUACGCUGUCUCCGUCGCGCUCAUCGAUCUCGGCGUCAUGGAAGACACCAUCUUCAGCGCCGUCGUCGCCCGCGUCGCCGCCUCCAUGCCGUCCGUCAGCUUCCACACCCUCCCAGGUGUGGAGGACCCGCUCAAACUAACCCUGGACAUACACUUCAUCCCCAGGUACCUCGACCUCCUGCGCCGCUACAACGAGCGCCUCCACGAGUUCCUCUCUUCCAUGCGUCCUCACGCCAUGGUCGUCGACUCGUUGUCUAGCGAGGCGGUUGUGGUCGCAAAGAGGCUCGGGAUCCGCUGCUACAACUUGUUCACCAGCAGCGCCUCCAUCCUCGCCGCCUUCUCCCAGCUUCCUACGCUCCUUCCAUUUCCACAUGGAAACUUCGGGGAGCUAGGAGACAGCCCUCACGAGCUCUUCAGCCUUCCACCCAUGCCGGCUUCGCACCUAUUGGCCGAAAUGCUCGAGGACCCGGAGAGCGAGACGUACAAGACGACCAUGGGCUCCCUGUGCUGGAUCAUGGAGGCCAAUGGCACGCUGGUGAACACGUUCGAGUCGUUGGAGGCUCGGGGGGUGGCGGCUCUCAGGGAUCCACGGUGUGUCCUCGGUCGGGUUUUGCCUCCGGUGUACUGCGUCGGUCCGUUUGUCGGUGCCAUCGCCGAGGCAAAAGAGCGGCACGAGUGCCUUGUCUGGCUAGACGGCCAACCGGACCGCAGCGUGGUGUUCCUCUGCUUCGGGAGCAUAGGCGCAGAAAGCCACUCCAAGGAGCAGCUCAGGGAGAUCGCCAUCGGCCUUGAAAAGUCCGGCCACCGCUUCCUGUGGGUCGUGCGAGCACCGGUGAACGACAUGGAGAAGCCGUUCAACCCCAGUGCCGACCCGGACCUCGACACUCUCCUGGCGGAUGGGUUCAUGGAGCGCACCAGUGGUCGCGGUCUCGUUGUCAAGCUGUGGGCGCCACAGUUAGACGUGCUCCGCCACAGGGCCACCGGGGCGUUCGUGACGCAUUGCGGGUGGAACUCAGUGCUGGAGAGCGUCACGGCCGGCGUGCCGAUGCUGUGCUGGCCGCUGUACGCGGAGCAGAAGAUGAACAAGAUAUUCAUGGUGGGGGACAUGGGGAUCGCCGUGGAGAUGAUCGGGUGGCAGCAGGGGUUGGUCAAGGCCGACGAGGUGGAGGGCAAGGUACGGCUUGUCAUGGAGUCCGAGGAGGGCAGGGAGCUCAGUGCACGGGUGGAGGCCCACAAGAAAGGUGCCGCGGCGGCUCACAACAACGGCGGGUCGUCGCGCCUGGCGUUUGCCCAGUUCUUGGCGGACGUGGCCAGCCUUCAGGAUCGGGCACGCACUGGGGAAGGGAUCCCCAUGGGACUCAGCGAUGCAUGA